CCCAGUCGUGCAUUUGAGAGGGAGGAGAUAUGGAGAGGGAGGAGAUAGAGCAGGAGAGAAGGAGAUUUGAGAGGAGUUUAUUUCCAAAUACAACACUGGAGAUAAACAGAAGAGCGAAAAAGACAUGAUUCAACAAAUGCGCUAACAUAUGCAUGAGACUCAGGGGUUUGUUGGGGCGAGGAACACCUGGAUCUGUGAUUUAGGCGACCUGGAUGAGACGCUGGGGAGAAGAGCGCGGAAAGUGAGCCCUUUGGGAUCUGUGAUCAAGGAACAAAAAACAGUAAGCAGUCUCAAUCUCUGUGUAUUACUCCAUCAUGACUGGUAGCAAGACCGAAAGAGGAGUCAGUUGGGAGGUGCGGCCCAACGGCCGUCAUUUUCAUCAGUCCUGUCGCCGAAAAUCUUUCCUCUGUUUCCGCUGGGGGCGUUACGCUGACAAUGUGGUGCGGAGCUACAAAUACACCCCUCUGACCUUUUUGCCCCUUAACCUGUAUGAACAGUUCCAACGAGCGGCGAAUCUUUUCUUCCUACUUAUUGUGGUUUUGCAGUGUGUUCCUAUAAUUGCAACCAUCCCUUGGUACAGCACAAUGGUUCCUUUGCUGUUUGUUUUGCUUGUGCGUGGAUUUAAAGAUCUGGCUACCGACGUGGGCCGCCGACGCAGUGAUGCGCAAAUUAACCAGCGCCCCUGUGACAUUCUCACUCCUGAGGGCUUCGAAACUGUUAAGUGGAAAGAUGUACGUGUUGGUGACAUUCUCCGGAUUCAUAAGGACAAGGUCAUACCUGCAGAUCUGCUGCUCUUGUGCAGCACUGAGCCACACAGCCUUUGCUAUGUAGAAACGGCAGACAUUGAUGGAGAAACCAACUUGAAGUUUCGCCAGGCUCUGAAUGUAACCCAUGCUGAGCUGAAUGGAGAUUCAGCUAAGCAAAACCUGGGGUCUUUUGAUGGUAUUGUGUGGUGUGAGGAACCAAAUGGUAACCUGCAUUCUUUCAAAGGUGAGUUACAUUGGAAAGGGGAGCGCCACCUUCUGGACACAGACCACCUGCUCCUCCGAGGAACUGUACUGCGAAACACAGACACAGCCUAUGGACUGGCCAUAUACACAGGCUCGGAUAGUAAAAUUCUGCAAAACUGUGGCCGUCUGAAACUGAAGAAAACACGGGUGGAAAUAUUACUAAACAAAACGGUGUUGGUGAUUCUGCUCUUCAUGCUGAUGACGGCUCUCCUCCUCGCUGUGGGCGCGGGGAUAUUUGAGUACAGGGUUUCCCCUCAGUACGACGUUGUGUCUGUCUUGCAGCGUGACUCCUCGCCUGCCUACCUGGGCUUCCUCUCCUUCUGGGGCUACAUCAUUUUGCUUAGUCCUUCUAUGCCCAUGUCUCUCUAUAUAACAUUUGAUGUGAUCCACAUGGUGCACUGUUAUCUGAUUAGCCGGGAUGUUGAGAUGUACUGGGAGGACAAUGACAGCCCCGCUCAGGCCCGUACAACCACCCUGAAUGAGGAAUUGGGUCAGGUGGGCCACCUGCUCAGCGACAAAACCGGCACUCUCACGCAAAACCGGCUGCUCUUUCGUCAGUGCUUCAUCGCCGGACACAUUUACGGUGACAUGGCAGGGGAAUUCAAGCCACUAGACUUAAGCUGGAACCGGUUUUCCUGUGGUGGAAUGAAGUUUUCCGACCAGCGUUUGGUGGACAAGCUGCGUGAACGGAGCAGCCCUGAGUGCCAAGAGUUCUUCACCGCUCUGGCCCUUUGUCACACUGUCAUGAGCGAGUGGAGGGAUGGGUUACCUCAUUACCAGGCUGCCUCUCCAGAUGAGGAAGCUCUGGUCUGUGCAGCGCGGGAGCUCGGCUGGGUGUUUCUGUCGCGCACACGUGAGACUCUCACCAUCAGCGAGAUGGGCCUCACGCGAAACUAUCAGCUCCUGGCCAUCCUGGACUUCACCAGCAAGAGGAGACGCAUGUCAGUGCUGGUGCGGGACCCUGGAGGACGGUUGAAGCUGUACUGUAAAGGUGCAGAUAUGGUUAUUCUGGAGAGGCUUCAGGGGGACUGGCUACUUCAGGAGAGUACCGAGAGAGCUCUAGAGCUGUUUGCUCAGGGCUGUCUGAGGACUCUGUGUGUGGCGGUGCGCUCUGUUCCCGAAACCCUGUGGACGGAGUGGAGCCGCGCCCUCAGUCAGGCGGGCACAGCGACGGGUAACCAGGACACUGCGCUCGAAGACAUAUAUGACCAAAUGGAAAAAGACUUAACGCUGCUGGGUGUGACGGCUAUUGAGGAUCGUCUCCAGGAAGGUGUACCCGAGACCAUCGCCUCCCUGCGGAGGGCGGGGGUGAAGGUGUGGGUGCUGACGGGAGACAAAACAGAAACGGCUGUGAAUGUGGGAUAUGCGUGCAAACUGAUGGAUCCAGACACAAUCCUGAUAGAAGGGGAGGAGCUUAGGCAGCUUCUAGAGUCUCCUUCUCCAGAUGUUCGUCUCAUGUCUAAAGAGACAGAGGUUUGGACCACAGACAGGAGAGCAGAGAAGAGCAAAGCUGCGCUUGUCAUCUCGGGUCCUGAACUGGUAGAAUUGACCAAAACGCCAGAAUGGGGGGCGAAGUUUGUUGCUCUCUCUGAUCAGUGCCAAUCUGUGCUCUGCUGCCGCGUGACACCGGCACAAAAGGCCGAAGUGGUCGAGAUGGUCAGGAAACAUUCGACUUCGAUAACCAUGGCAAUAGGAGAUGGUGCCAACGACGUGAACAUGAUCAAGACGGCACAUAUUGGCGUGGGUCUUUGCGGCAUGGAGGGAAGUCAGGCGGUGCAGAAUGCUGAUUUCGCUCUGGCGCAGUUCAGCUUCCUCCUCAGGCUGCUGCUGGUGCACGGGCACUGGUCCUACUAUCGCAUCUGCAUCCUUCUGCGCUAUUUCCUCUACAAAACCACUGCUUUUGCUCUGGUGCACAUCUGGUACAGUUUCUACAAUGGCUUCAGCGCUCAGCCCAUGUACGAGAGCUGGUUUAUUAGCCUCUACUCAACAAUGUACACGUCUCUGCCUAUACAGUGCAUGGGUUUUUUUGAACAGGACGUGAGUGCUAAGAGCUGUCUGUGCUGGCCGGAGAUCUACUCCAUUGGACAGAAGAAGCAGCUUUUCAAUCCUUUUGUUCUGGCCGUCACACUCCUCUACUCUCUCUACACCUCCAUCAUCCUUUUCAUCAUACCUAUGGGAAUAUUGCAGUACUCUGCUCUCGAUUUUCAGACCUUAGCCGUUACGGUGGAAACGUCUGUGGUGCUCGCCACCACUGUCGAGGUUAUUCUACAUACAAAAUUCUGGACCAAGUGGAACAUCGCAGCAGUCAUCUUUAGUUUAGUGGUGUUCUUUCUGUCCACACUGGCUCUCCAUAGCGCUCGCCUCUUCACUGCCUCACCUAAAGACUACUUUUUCCUGGGAUCAUCCCCAAAUGCUUUCAGUACCCCUGAGGUUUGGCUGACCAUAUUUGUGACCACCUUUAUUGCUGUCCUCCCCUCAAUAACCAUACGAGCCUUAGGUGUUGUAUUAACAAACCCCAACAAACAUAAGAUACACAGUUCAAAGAAUGAGUCUGUUGAGCUGCAAAGGUUUCGGAGAGGUACCUUUCAGCGUCGUUCAUCCUAUGCGGUGUCCCAAGGGAAAGGCUUUGGUAAGUUAAUCAGCACAGGAGUCGGGCUUCAUUCUGCAGCGCCCCCAAAGGACGGGAGAGUUACAGCAGAUGGUCUGAAGAAAGAAUCUCCACAGGGUUCACAUAGAGAAAUGAAUGGUGAUGUUUCAUGCUAGCAUCUUCAGUGUGUUUUAUUAUGCACUAAAAAUGUGACAGAAAUGUCAGUAGCAAAUAUUGUAACCAAAGGUCAGUGGUCCACAAACCCAGGAUUUUUGGCGCAUUUCCAAAAUGGAGGCCCAUCAUACACCUAAUCCAAUUGAUAGCGAUAUAUUACAUCUUUUGUACGUUUUGGGUUGGGUUUGUACGUUUUAAAAUGCAA